UGGACUCUGGCUGAGUAAUAAAUUCUCCCGCACGAGAGAGCGGGCUUUCUUGACACGCGCUUUGCUGGGAGAGCGUCCGCUUCUCGGCGUCCUUCUCGCGGCCCUGCGGUCGGUGGUUUCCGCGUGGCCCGGAGCGAGGCCAGGCGGCCCCCGCUCGAGUCCCGCGUCGCCAUGGCCGCGGUUCCCGAGUUGCUGCAGCAGGAGGAGGACCGCAGCAAGCUGAGAUCUGUAUCUGUGGACCUGAAUGUUGAUCCCUCGCUUCAGAUUGACAUACCUGAUGCACUCAGUGAGAGAGAUAAGGUCAAAUUUACAGUGCACACCAAGACAACGCUGCCCACGUUUCAGAGCCCAGAGUUUUCUGUUACAAGGCAACAUGAAGACUUUGUGUGGCUACAUGAUACUCUUAUUGAAACCGCAGACUAUGCUGGGCUUAUCAUUCCGCCUGCUCCUACAAAGCCUGACUUCGAUGGCCCUCGAGAAAAGAUGCAGAAACUGGGAGAGGGUGAAGGGUCUAUGACCAAAGAAGAAUUUGCUAAGAUGAAGCAAGAGCUGGAAGCUGAGUAUCUUGCAGUCUUUAAGAAGACUGUGUCCUCUCAUGAAGUCUUUCUGCAGCGGCUCUCCUCUCACCCUGUUCUCAGUAAAGAUCGCAACUUCCAUGUGUUCCUGGAAUAUGAUCAGGAUCUAAGUGUCAGGCGGAAAAAUACCAAAGAGAUGUUUGGUGGCUUUUUCAAAAGUGUGGUGAAAAGUGCUGAUGAAGUCCUUUUUUCUGGAGUUAAAGAGGUAGAUGACUUCUUUGAGCAAGAAAAGAAUUUCCUCAUUAACUAUUAUAAUAGGAUCAAGGAUUCAUGUGCAAAAGCUGACAAAAUGACCCGAUCUCAUAAAAAUGUUGCAGAUGACUAUAUCCACACUGCAGCCUGCCUGCAUAGCCUGGCUUUAGAAGAGCCCACGGUCAUCAAAAAGUACCUUUUGAAGGUUGCUGAGCUAUUUGAAAAACUUAGGAAAGUAGAGAGUCGAGUCUCCUCAGAUGAAGAUUUAAAGCUGACAGAACUUCUCCGAUACUACAUGCUCAACAUAGAGGCUGCUAAGGAUCUCUUAUACAGACGCACCAAAGCCCUCACCGACUAUGAGAACUCAAACAAAGCAUUGGAUAAGGCCAGGUUGAAAAGCAAAGAUGUCAAGUUGGCUGAGGCACACCAGCAAGAAUGCUGCCAGAAAUUUGAACAGCUCUCUGAAUCUGCAAAAGAAGAACUAAUCAACUUCAAACGAAAGAGAGUGGCAGCAUUUAGAAAGAAUCUAAUUGAAAUGUCUGAACUGGAAAUAAAGCAUGCCAGGAACAAUGUCUCCCUCCUGCAGAGCUGCAUUGACUUGUUUAAGAACAACUGAUCUGCCUUUUCUCUGAAUGAAGGACACAAAUGUGAAAGAAAGCCAGCGUCACUUGCACUUAAAUCAUUACCACAGAAGAUUUAUUACCUUUGACUUUAGUUUAAAAUUAUGUGAAUAAAUAUUUUGAUUUCUAAAAAUCUUAA